CAGUUAUGCAACAACCAGUGGAUGGCAAUAAUUGCAUUUAUAAUGACAAUAAACAUUUGUUGUUAGUUGACUGUUUCUCUAAACCCCUUCAAAUACAGCCACUCUCCAUCUUCAGUAAAGCUACGAUGUUGUGUUUGGUGUUGGGGCCAAUGAGGUGAAGGUUGUUCAAAUGAUGGAGGGAGAUUUUGUAAUUCUACACGGUGAUGUUGUAAUUCACACAUAUGAUGAGAUUGAGUGGAGUUUUGGAAACAUUCGUAUAGCUAGAAUCAAGAGAGUGAUCGGGGACGAUCCUCAAUAUGAGGAUGAGAGAUUCAGAGACAGACUGAAGCUGAACCAGAAUGGAUCUCUGAUCAUCACAAACACCAGAACCACAGACUCUGGACUUUAUAAACUAAGUUUCAAGAUUGAGAAUGAAGAGUCAAUCAAGAGUUUCAGUGUUACUGUUUAUGCUCAUCUGCCUGUUCCUGUCAUCUUUAGUGACACUUCACAAUGUCCUUUAUCAUCAUCAUCAGUGUUAAAAUUUGCAUUGCUGUGCUCAGCAUUGAAUGUGAGUCACGUGACUCUCUCCUGGUUCAAAGGAAACAGUUUAUUGUCCAGCAACAAUGUGUCUGAUCUCAGCAUCAGUCUCUCUCUACCUCUGGAGGUGGAAUAUCAGGAUAAAAACACCUACAGCUGUGUGCUCAACAAUCCCAUCAGCAACCAAACUCAACAUCUGGACAUCAGCAAACUCUGUCAGACACAUGCAGUAUCAGACCUACACUUAGGUGUGCUGAUCUCUGCUGCUGCUGCUGCUGGAUCUCUGUUGAUUGUAGCUGCUGUUGAGAUAUUCUGGAUCUGCAGUAAGCACAGAAAAACAGAUGGACAGGAUGGAGAGAUCACUUACGCUGAUUCAACGUUCUACAAAAGACAUGCACAAAAAGCGGAAUCUGAAAUGACGGAGGUGAUUUACACAUGUUUCACCACAGAACGAUGAUCAAAUCGUGAUUCUGUUUGACCACAGUAUGCAUCUGUAUUUACACUGUAUUUCUGUUAUGCUUUUAUUAUUAUCAUUUAUAUGUCCUUAUUGUACUCAGAGAGUAUUUUGUACCCCAUUUGUGAAAAGUGACAGAUUCAGUGUUGUCUUUUUAGCAGUAAAUUUCUGACUCUUUAUUGAGGAUCAAGACUGUAUUUUGUCCACAGUUUGUCUCCGCUGAUGUCUUGUGAUGCCCACUGAGUGUACGAUUGAGGUUCAUAAAAAACAAAGCAGACAGCAAUUAAUUUGAAUGAAGUGAUUUUAAUAACUUUUUUAAACUCUAAAAAUCAACCUGCAGAAAGGCCUAACCUGCCUGACCUGACAGGGAGAGAAACAGACAUCCUCUUUACCCAUAAACAUAUUUUACAAAUAUAUGCAAAUAAUGUAUAUUUACAAAUAAACAAUGGCUAAUGUGUUAAAAAGCUGUUUGAUUAAUGUACCUCACAGUACUGUAUCUUCUCAAUAACAUCUACAACACUGACACACUUCAGUCCAGUAUGAACAUCACCACAGACAGCAUCAAACUUAAACAUCUAUUUUUUUUUUUCAAUUCAAUUCAAUUUACUUAAAAUGGUUUGAUCAUAAUAACAUUGCAUGAUAGUUUAUGACACAUUAAAACAUUAAGAAUUGAGAUAUGUUUACAUGUUAAGUCACUAGGAGGCGCUACCAUCUGAGGUCUGAAGUCAAAAAACAACCACUGAAGCCUAUUUUAAAAGAUUUUGAACAGUACUGUUCUCUUAUUAUGACAUUUUAUCAAUUUUUAUAAAAAAUGUUCCAAAAUUAAAUUUGAUGUAUUUCGUACUAAGAAUAGUUCAGAUAACAUAUUUAUUGACAUAUCACUGGAGACUUACUGAUAUAAAAUAUUUAAUUAAACUUUAUUUGGAGUACUACUUGUGCACAAUGCAUAUUUCUUAAUAUUAUACCUAAAAUGUGUUUUAAUGUCACAAGUGAGGAGGAUUGUAUAAUAUUUCAAUAAUAUCGGUCUUUAAAUGCAAGAUAUUUAAAGUGUACUGAAGUACACUUUGCAUUAGUUCCACUUUAGCACAAUCAAAUAUACUAAAGUAUUUCUGUAGUUGGACUUCAGCACUACUUCUGCACAAUUAAAGUGCAAAAUUAGUUGUUCCAAUUUAGCAGACUUUAAGUAUACCAGUUUAGUAUACCAGAAAUAUGAUUACAGGGUAUUUUUAUGAAGUACAUAAAUAUUUAAAUAUAUUUGUAGUAUACUUAGCAUGAUAUAAAUGUAUUUCAAAUACAUUUUAGUAUGUUUAUUUUUUUCACUAGGGAACAUAAAUAUCUGCAUAGCAUAUAUUAUUGCACACUAUUUCAUAAACAUAUUUAGCGGUUUACAGUAGCCUAUAUAAUGUCCAUUCCAAACAUGUCAAUCUUGUUGCCUUUUGGUUUUGUGCUCUGAAAUUUCAUAAUAAAAGUUCUGUGAACAUCAUAGACAAAAAGACCCUUCAUUACACACAAAUCCAAAACCAUUAUUCAGUGCAAGAAACUCUGACUCGUAUCCCAUUAUACUCACUGAUUCAUAUCCCAUAAUUCUCAUUACACAUUUGUUUCCAUAUAAUGCAUUGUCAAUCCUUAUAGUGAAUUUGCAUCAGAUUUCUGUCAUUUUUGAUGCAUCUGCAGGUUUUGCAUCUGUAACAUCAGGUUUUGUGGUUAUGUUUGUCAUACAGGAACCUGAAAUGUCGAGGUGGUUUACACAUUUCACUACAGAACAAUGAUCAAACUCUCUGUGAUUGUAUAACUGCAUCCGGGUUUUACGCUGUAUUACUGUUUCUAAUAUGAUUUUAUAUAUUUGUUUGUUUGUUUUGUCAUUUAUAUUUCCUCUGCGUGAUCCUUGAUUGAGUUUAUUGUGACCCUGGAUGUUAAUGUGUGAUUCAUUUAGACUAAAGGUCAAACACCUCACACAUUACUAUCAUACAUCAGACAUCCAAAAUCUUUUUAC